GACUAGCUGGAAAAGGAGUAAUUAAUUUAUUAUUAUGAGAUUAACAAAGAGGUUAAGGUGGUUGAUCCUCUUAGUAUUUUAUUAGUUCUUAAUUAUUGCUUUGCAGGGCCCGACUAGGCACAGGGCGGGAGAGAUUUAGGCUUGAUUUUUUUAGCAGGAUAUUCCUUCCUAAUUCCGUAACACGGCUGUGAUUUGACUUGUGAGACAACUGAAAGUUAUUUAUUAUUACGCAAUUUUUAUUACAUAAUUUUGAUUAGUGGGUUUCAAUUAUUAUUUUGUGUUUUUUUUUUUGGUAUUAUUUUGUGUUUCAAAUAAAUAGAGGCGUAAGGUACCAUUAUUGCAAUGCACAGUGAAAACGUCCAAGCAAAGCUCACGCCUACCGCCAGAGCGCAAGAAAGGGAAUUGGCGGCCGGAGACUGAAACCCAACAAAUUCAAUGUCAGGCAUGGCGGCGAUCUUAGCUGGGUUGUCUUCUAUUUACUCUGUUUGCAGCGAGUCCGCUGGAAUCGCCGGAAAUCUAUGUGCUUUUGUAUUAUUCGUGUCACCCAUACCAACGUUCAGGAGAAUUAUCAGAAACCAGUCAACGGAGCAGUUCUCUGGGUUGCCUUACAUAUAUUCCCUUUUGAACUGCUUGAUCUGCCUUUGGUAUGGGAUGCCAUUCAUCUCUCCCAACAUCAUUCUGGUUGCCACUGUCAAUUCGAUUGGGGCGGUCUUCCAGUUCAUCUACAUCGCUAUCUUCAUUGCCUAUGCUGAUAAAUCUAAGAAGCUCAAGAUGUCUGUACUGCUUGUUCUGGUGUUUGCAUUAUUUGCUGGUAUCGCCUUUGUGAGCUUGAGAUUCCUGGAUUCGCACACUCGGCAGUUGUUCAUUGGAUAUCUGAGUGUGUUCUCUCUGAUAUCCAUGUUUGCUUCCCCACUUUUUAUUAUUAAUCUGGUGGUGAAGACUAGGAGUGUCGAAUAUAUGCCGUUCUUCCUCUCGCUUGCUACCUUCUUGAUGAGUCUCUCAUUUUUUGCUUAUGGCAUGCUUAAGGGUGAUGGUUUCAUAUCUGUACCGAAUGGAAUUGGAACAAUUCUGGGGGUAGUUCAAUUGGCAUUAUACUAUCACUACAGCAGCAAGUAUGACGAUAGCUCAAGAGAACCCUUGCUAGCAUAUGCAUGAAACGAUAUCAGCUUGCGGUGAAAUGGUAAAGUUACUCCGGACUUUGCUGGUCAUACAAACAGUCUUCGUCUUCUUUUUUUCCCAAGAGGCGUGAACUUGGGCAUUCAUGAUAGAAUCGCUGGAUCUAAAAGCUGAUCGUGUGUUCUAGUUGCUUGGUAGUUAUAGAACAUCGUAAUCAAUCACCAUUAACAUCUUGCGUCAUUAAUCAUAACUUCUUUGAAUGUGCAGGGUGUGUGUUCAUGUUUUGCCAAUAUUUCAUUGGCAUGGAGAGUGAGGACCUGAAUUGAGUGUUGGAAGGUAGACUAGAUUGUUUUUGACAGUUUAUCGAUAGCAAAACAUCGAAGAAGUUGUGUCAAAACUUGCCGCAGAAGAAAGAAAACCAGAGAUAUCUGCCCGAGGCAAAGCAGUUUUUAUCGCUUCAGUUGUAUCAGCUGCAACUUUCUGCUGUCAUCUUCUUACUUCCUCCAGCAACCAUGUUCUUUUUUUCCGAUUCACCCAAGCAAAUUAGUUAUGUACAUUCCAACGACCAAGAUGUCAGUAGUGUAUUGUAUACAGCCGUAGUCAAUUGCAUAUAUGCCUGCACAAUGGCUUUCUGCUACCGUCUGCACCAUGUCCAUGAAGAUUUGUGAUUUUGAAACCAUAUGAAUUUUCUCCUUCCUUGUCCUGUCUAAAGAAUGAUAAAUUCUUUACAUGUGCACAUCUUGUUGCCGUAUAAUUUUAUAUGAAAUGCAAAGAGUUGAUACUAUAUGUUGGGAUUUUGUGUGUGAAUGGAGAUGGAUGGAAUGGAAGGUGGAAAGUCAUUCCUACUGCAUUGGUGAAAUGAGAAAGUGAAAGUGGAUAAUGUAUGAAGUAGUCCACUAUCUCUAGUAAGAGAAUGAUAAGAAGUUAGUCCUUGUGAUGUUCAUAGGCGGAGGGAGGCCUAUAAAUUUCUAAGAAACAA